CAUUCGAAGAAACACACAAAGGACUCAGUCAGGAAGGCAAGAGGGAAUGAAAGAGACCAUAAAGAUGUUUGUCUGAGGGAAAUGGACACUGUUAAAUCCAGUAAUUCAUCAAAUGCACCAGAAGUGAGCAAUGUCAUGGCCCCGGAGGAAACUGCCCUCGGUGAGAAGUGUGACAGACAGCGGCAGGAAAACAAUGAACCAGAUGCCGACGCUCCUGAUGGAUUUGUUGCAGUAGCAUCAACCGGUCAACGGAGGGCGCAAGAAAAACACAGAUCCAACACUAUAGGCUACCAGAAAAAGAAACAGAGGACAACUGUAGACUUUUCUACUGUGAGCAAAGGAACCGGUGUGAAAUCCAGAGGUGCAUUAAAGCAGGUGCUUUUCAACCAGGGAACAAAUGACAAAAAUGGCACUGUGGAGGAACGAUUGGGUGGAGUACAGGGGCAGGUGGAUGUACUGAAGCAGCUUCUGGACUCUUUCAGUGUACCUGCUGACUUAAGGUGGACAUGGGGGGAGGGAGGAACUGAAAGAACACUAGAAAAGAGCUGGACAGAAAUAGUGCACUCUCAUGAGUCUAUGUCCAAAACCCAGCGACUCCAGCAGGAGGCACUGUGGGAGCUUCUUAACACUGAGCUGACCUACAUCAACAAACUCACUAUUGCCAAAGACCUCGUACUGGCUGCACUGUCACACUGUCAUGGAAACGGAUUCCUUCAAGAAGUCAGCCCCACGAUGCUCUUUUCCGAUCUUCCAUCUAUCCUCGAUGCACAUCGGCUCUUUUGGCAUCACGUGAUGUAUCCAAUGUUACAAGAAGUUCGUCUCACUGGACAACCUUUUGACCCCAUGAAACUUGAACCAGGGUGUUUGCAGUUUCAUGAACGUUUUCCUGCAUACUUUGAUUACUGUUUCGAAGGAGACAGAAAUGUGGAGUUAACACGAAAACAGCUUGAGACAAACCCACAAUUUUACACCUAUGUCAUGUGGGUGGAGAAUCAUCCACAGUGUGGGCGAAUGAGACUGGGCGACAUGCAGGCUAAACCACACCAGAGAAUCACCAAGUACCCUCUUUUGCUCAAAGCUGUUCAGAAGACCACAGAAGACCUCCCCACCAAAAUCGCACUCGACAGAAUGUUGAACAGUGUCAAUAAUUUUGUGCAGUCUAUCAAUGACUAUUUGCAACUAAAAGCAGAUGAGUUGGCCCUUUCUGUCAUUGCUCAAAGGAUAGAGGGAUACAAGAUAGAGGGUCUGAGUGAAGAAGUAGACAAGCAUGUUCGUGAGAUCUGCUGUUUUGAUUUGACGAGCCCCGUGAGUGGGGUGGGGCCAAACGUAAUACGCAAGCAAAUACUGGAAGAAACCUUGAAGGUCAAAAGAAGAAAAGAUACAAAGGAGCUUGUUGUCCUGCUCUUUACUGAUGUGCUGUUGAUGACCAAAACGCAGAAGAAAUCAGACAAGCUGAAGGUAGUGCGCCCCCCUCUGCCUGUGGAGAGAAUACACUGCAUUGAGGUCAAAGAUGGCUAUUCAUUUGUGCUGGUGGAGGUCGGUGAUCUAGGCUGUCCUGUAAGUGUGAAUUUCCUGUCCACACCCAGUCCAGACAGCUGUGCGUCAUGGGUGUCUGCUCUGCGUGAGACUCAGGAGGCAUUACAGACAUUGAAGAUAAACGAGAAGAACGAAAUAUUAAAGAAUACACCUACCAUUCCGGAUAAGAAUGCUGAUUUCCAGUCAGCAUCUUAUAGUGAUAUUGACCCCGAAGAAAUGGUGCAACAGAUUUACCCCACAUCCCAAUCUGAUAGCGAUUCUGAUCCAGCUGAUAGUGAGAGAUCUACGAUCAGCAAGUCUGAUCCACAAACACUGAUGGAUGUGGAGCAAAGUGAAGUUCAACAGAUGCCAGAUUACAGGAGCUCUCCAUUUACUGAACCCAAUGAUCAAAGCCAGUCAGAUUAUGAAGAGGUUGUGGGAAGGAUUGAUUCAGCUGGAUUAAACGCCGAACAAGCGAGAAGCAGAAAUAACAGCAAGCAGUGGGAAGAUGAAGAGGCCACAUUAAAAAAAAUCCAAGAAAGGCGAGUUACGUGGACACAAAAACAACAGACAGCUUCAAACUCAAAUGGUGUUACACAACAGGAAUUACCAAAGAGAAACAAUCUGAAUGGACCUGCUGGACAUGUAAAUGACACAAUCCAGCCUCUCAUAACUACAUCCGCACAUAUUUCAAGUUUAGAAACUGGGGAACCAAUGCAUCUGGAUCCAAAUGGUGACUCUCAAGGAAGCGGGAGGAACUCUUUGUGCAGUCAGCAAGAAGAUGAUGAAGAUUCCCUCACAGAAUCAAAGAGGUUCUCCAGGAAACUGAAGUCUCCUCGCAUACAGAGGAGACGUCCGAAUAAUGCGAUGCAUGAUUCCAUUGCAAACUCCAACAGAAGCCAGAAAAACAAACCUCAGGAUUCCCACAGAGUGCUAAAGCUGGGAUCUCUGAAAAACAACCCUAGUACAUUAUGGUAUGUUCCAGAGAAGAGAUCACCGACUCAAGAGAUGCACUCUGAACCUGAGCAGACACCGGAAGGGAAGCGUAAAUUGAAACUAAUCAAACUAAAGACUCAGAGGAGCGCCUCUAUCCCAGAAAUCAGCAUACCUCAGAGUUCCAUCCUACCUUCCCAAGUUGCCAGCUCCUCACUGUUAACUGCCCCGAACCCCCAACCUCCGACAUCUCCACUCCAGAGUGUGCUGCAGAGGGCGAAGGAAAGGGAAAAGGAACGCGGGCUGGUAAGAAGAAUUGUAAAGGAAAAACAGAAGACUUUUUCCAUACAAAAUUCUCCUACAUUCUCAGCCUCUCCAACACUGUUGGCCAGCGAAGGAGAGAGAGAGCCAGAAAGCGUGCAUGUCUGCAGCAUGAUGUCUGCACAUGGAUGGAGAGAAGGAAACGUUGAUGAAAGUGAAGAUGAGAUGAAAGAAAGCAAUAACGUUCUGGAGGGCAUCAGUGUGGACUGGCCAGGCUGGUGUUUUGACGAUGAGGAGUUUUUUGACUUUGAGGACUUAGAUUAUGAAAACUGGUUUGAAGAGUCACUCACCUGCAAUGGGCUCUGCAGGUCAAAGACAAAACUAUCGGAGCGCCAUGAUGAUAACGAAUGGAGUGAGGUGUAAUUAUAUGUCGAACUACUGUACUUACACAAAUGAAUCAUGGUUUAUCUACAAAUACCCCCCAAUCCACUUUUAUAAAUGUAUUUAUGUAUACAUUUGGGGUUAUGGUAAUCAACAUGCCAAAAAGCAUGAUUACUACUGAUUUAUUAUAAUAAAGCAUGGUUCAUUUUUGUGUGUUUGCGCUUUAUAUGUUUUUUUAUAAAUGUGUAGAUUUGUUUGAAAAAUUGUAUUGUUUGAGAAAUGUUGUUCUUUAAAGGUUUUAUAGCAGUUUACAGAAGUGUGUAAAGAAUGUUACAUAUUUUUAUGAUCAUGUAGCAUGACUGUUAUACUUAAAUGUAUUUGAGAGACAUACAUAGCUUGUAAAUUGUUUUUAUAGUUAUAUAAUGAAAUAUUGAUUAACAUUGUGUCUGUAAAAGUCAGAUUUGUAUAAAGAACAAUUAUUCUGUAUAUCUGUAUAUCCAUUUAGGAGACUUGUUUAUAACAUAUUUUCUGUACACAAGAAGCUGAAU